AUUUAAAAUGGCGGAGAAGGAAGUGGAAAUUUUUUCCAAAGAAGUAACCGAUUUCAGCUCUCAGUAUGGGACUGAAAAAAGUAUUACAUAUGCAGCUACAAACUUAGCAGGUCCAUCGUCAAUAUAUCCUAAUUACGGCGAUUUUACUCAAGCGUUUGUUUUAAGAACCUAUGGUCCUUGGUGGACCCAAUGUCCUUCAACCUCCAAGCCGUUCAAGAAAACACCAGAAAAUUGGCACUCGAGGGAUUUUGUAGAGCUACAUUUUGAGAAAAAAUGUUACAUAAACAGUAUAACAAUAUAUGAGACCUACAACCCUGGAGCUGUUGUAAGAAUCCUGGCCUCUGAUGAUACAAAGCCAUCUCAACCCAGGUGGUAUGUGUUAUGGGAGGGUGAACAACAGACAUGCAGAGCAGAACCAAGAGCAUUCCAACCAACAAUCCGUCCAUGCAACUUUAAAACAAAUCUUUUGAGAUUAGAGUUUUGCAGUACUCACCUUAUGUACUAUACUGAGCUUGACGCUGUGUCAAUCACAACAAAAGACUCUGUUAACAAGUUAAAAGCCAAUAAAGAUGGCAGUAGUGUUGAUGCAUCAGCCAUUGACAGAAUUAAUCAAAACUUGAAGGAAAUCAGGCUGGAUACUGAAGAUGGAGAAAAGUGCAAUUUUGAUAUUUUACCAGAUGAGAUUAUACAUGUGAUAUUGAGCCAGCUGGAUCUGGUCUCCUUGAGUAAUGUAGCACAGACAUGCAGACGUCUAUGGAAGUUAAGUUAUGACCCACUCCUCUAUACAGAGUUAAACUUACAGCCACAUUGGUGCCAAGUAUCAGACACAGCUUUACAAGGUCUGUCUACACGCUGUGGCUACAUACAGAGGCUCUCGCUAUCUUGGUGUGGGCCUCAUCACUCUAGCAGAAAGUCUAAUCCACCUUUCACUGAAGAAGGAUGUACAAGGUUUAUACAGGGCUGUAGUGAGCAAUUGUCGUCCCUCCACCUAUCCUCAUGUAACUUCCUCACUGGGAAUUCACUGGAAGAUAUUGUAAACAAUUGCCGCAACUUGUCAGAGUUAGACCUAUCAAGUUGUGGAAAUAUUGACAACUUCGCUGCAUUAUCCAAUACGACAACUCUACGACGUCUCAACUUGUACCGCACAAAUAUAACCACAGACCCUCUUACAGCACUCAUCAGGAGCAAUCAGGGUUUAGAACACUUGAAUCUAGGAUCAUGUGUUUGUGUCACUGACUACCACCAGGUUGCGGUUGCGCUGGCCGACAAUUGCAAACAGCUUAAGUCUGUAGAUUUCUGGAGGUCCAAGACACUUGGUAAUGAUGGCCUCAUCGCACUUGCAAACAACUGCCCCCUAUUGGAGGAACUGGAUCUAGGAUGGUGCAACAAUUUACGAUCCACCAGUGGUUGUUUUGUACAAGUGGCAAAGAACUGUCCAAAUCUCAGAAAGAUCUUUCUCACUGCAAACAGGAGUGUCUGUGAUGACGACUUACAGGCGCUUGCAAAAUAUAGCAGCAAUCUAGAACAACUGGACAUUCUAGGUACAAGAGAGGUCACAGUGGAGAUGGCAAUUUUGGUACUUGAAAGCUGCAAAAAGUUGACUUUCUUUGAUGUGUCAUUCUGCGCAGGUCUUGAUUUCCUUGCAGUGCAGAAUUUACAAAGGAAUUACCCUCGAGUAUCCAUCAAGAAAAGUUUCCAGAAUUAG